CAGUCAUAUUAUCACUAUUCCGGAUCAUACACUUUAUUACCACUAAAAAAACUAUGGUGCUGUUCGUGCUGUACGUCAAGGCGGAGCUGGAGAACGUGGAGACGCUGGCGGCGCCGCCUCUGCACCGCUGGUGCCUCGAUGUGAAGGAGCCGCGCGGCGACGAGAAGCGUGAGGCUGUGUUUGUGUCGGACGAGGAGGCUGUGGACGUUGCUGGCGGUCGAGGAGAAGUCCACUUCACUCUUAAGUGGCCGGGAGCCAACAAACCGUCACAGUUGACGGUGGUGCGCGACGUGAAGAAGCUCACGCGCGAGGUCACAGGCGCUGACUCAGGCGAGUUUGUGCCCUUUGUGGGCUUCGAAUGCCGCGGCCUGGAGCCCUACGCGUGGCACCCGGAGAGUGGCUACCGCGUCGUGUCGGCAGGACGUCAUGCCGCCUUUGAGGACGUUGAUUUAAGUGAGGAUUGGGCUGAUUAUGACGAGGAAGGAGAACAAUCCGUGGGAGUCUACAACGUCGAGUGGAAGUUCGAGGUGCACAAGUAGAAGAUUGAUAAAAAAAGUCAAUACAUCUACUAUGUUUUGAUUUUUUUUAUGGAUGGAGAGAUUCUUGGGAGCCGAGACGUACGAAUUCUUCCUUCUCGUCCAAGUCUUUCUGGAUCUCUUGAGCGAUGUCGUUAAGCAAAGUGUCAAAGUCCCAGGGCUCGUCUUCUUCCGCUACCUAGUGUGUAAGAUAAUUGUUAGCUGCGGGAUUCUUUAAAAUAAAAUAAAAUAAAAUAACAUUCGGGACGUACAGCGCGUUCAGGAC